UGUCCCAUAUCAUCGAUGGUGUCCCAUAUCAUCGCUGGUGUCCCAUAUCAUCCCUGGAGUCCCAUAUCAUCAUUCAACGCUUUAAAUACAUGUACACUGGCAGAUUUUGGCAAAACAACUUGUUGCAGAAUGAGAGUUUUUACACAACUGGUUGCGAUCUGGUCGUUCUACAUUUUGAAGCAAAAUGUUGAAGCGCUGACCUGUCUGAGGUGCGACUACGUGGUGCAGCCUCGACACUGUCAAACGGUUAUCUCGUGUCCAGAGGAUGAUUCAUGCUUUGUUGAGAGGCAGACUAAUGCCUUUGGUGAAAUAGGCUACAGUCUUGGAUGUCUCGCAAAACGUAUGUGCACAAAUUCAACUAACAGUUUGAAUAACUGCACCCUGUGUUGUGACAAGGAUAUGUGCAACCACGCUGGAUGUGGCGAAGAAGGAUAUCCCAUUCAACGUGGACCCGUGUGUUAUAGUUGUGCUAACCCGUUACCCGAAGGUCGUUGCCAUAGUAUUGACGUUUGCAGGGAAGGAGAGGUGUGCAGCCUUAAUGGUCAUGACAUGUUUGGAACAAUUCUAUAUACAUCCGGUUGCAUGCAAAAAGACCACUGUGUUUCCCACCCUGGUGGCGUCCUUAUUGGUAAACGCAGUCACGUGGCAUCCACACGAACAAGGUCAAACGGACUGCAUGACUGUUUCCGCUGUUGUAAUGCUGACCUGUGUAACAACAAUUGCCAAACUAGAGUGGACGGCCAAUGGAGUUCAUGGACUGCAUGGUCACUUUGUUCAUCUCACUGUAACCAGAACCAGACUCGGGCGUGCAACAAUCCAGCACCGAUAGGUGACGGGAGAGAUUGUCCAGGCCUGACGACGCAAACACAAGGCUGUUACACAGACCAAUGUCGAAUUGACGGACAGUGGGGUUCAUGGACCGCAUGGUCACUUUGCACACCUCACUGUAACCAGACACGGACUCGAGCAUGCAACAAUCCAGCACCUCAACAUGACGUGAGAGAUUGUCCAGGCCUUUCUACGCAAACACAAGGAUGUUACGCAGACCAAUGUCGAGUUGAAGAUUGCUCCCAGCUACUAAGCACUGAUGCUUCCAGGCAUAGUGGUGUGUACACCAUCACCACCCAUAUCUCUCACACCAAGAUCCCGGUGUACUGUGAUAUGGAGACGGAUGGGGGAGGAUGGACGGUUUUUCAGAGGCGAUUUGACGGAAGUGUGGACUUUUAUCGAACUUUCAUUGAGUAUGAAAAUGGCUUUGGAAAUAUUAGUGGAGAACAUUGGCUAGGUCUUAAAUACAUAAGCGAAAUUACUUCAAAGGGGUUUAACAAACUUCGUUUGGAUGUUACGCAUUUCAACGGAAGCAAAGGUCAUGAUGUAUAUGGCAACUUCAGUCUGGAACCUGGAACCAACUAUAUACUGAAUCUUGGAGCAAAUUUACAACUGAGUGGCAUUUCGUCAGAGUUUCAGCUAAACUCACACGUCCCCGGCGCACCCGUUGGUUGUGGAUUCAGUACCUAUGAUCACGAUGUCGAUAAGGUUUCGACUUUUUCGUGUGCGAUUCAAGAUCAUGGAGGCUGGUGGUAUAACUCCUGCUAUCUAAUGAACAUUAACGGAAGGUACCGUCCUGGAGUGACCAGCGCGGAUGUCAUGCGCUUUGCAUAUCGCGAGGGUCUCAAUGCCAGUUUCUUAAUGUUCAAAAGAACUUGACCGAUCCUGAUAAGAAUCACAACAAUAUGUGAUAUCUAUGUAUAUCUAUGUUUUGGCAUUUUGAUAACAUUGCAUCAUAUUAAAUAUAUUUAAUUGAACGAA